CUUAGUUUUGAACUAGCUUUCGAUCGCGUUGGUUUGGCUUGUUGUUAAUUUUGCGUGCGGGUGUGUGCUUCAAUUUCACUGAGUCAGCUGUUUUUUUCUUGUUCUGUUUCGGUCGGUUUUUUGCUUCAACAGCAUCUCCAGCGCGGAUGGCAAUAUGCAAUGAAAACAAAAACGCGCAAAUAUGUGCGAAUAUUAGCGUGUGAAAGUGCAGCAAACAACGCCCCCCUCCUUCUCCGUUUCCAGAUGUGCAGCAGCCCUAAAGGCUCCAAUCGAGACUCCGAUUAGUUUUGUUGAUGUUUUGAUAAUAGCAGCAGUGCGUGACGACAAUUUCAGUUCAGUGGGCUUGUUAUUUGAUUACGACUUUUUUUCGCGCUUUGGAAUACGCAAGUUCAGCGGAUCGUGUUUCUGUGCAGAUAUGGGAUCUUUUGUGGUGUUAUGGAGGCUGGAAUGAAAUCUAGUAUUGUGUGACGAUUCGUGCGAGCGGGUAGUUCAAGCAUUGGGCCGUUGAUUCCAUGGUGGGACACACGCCGAGAGUGUUCUUAAUAGGGAAAUAAGUGGAGCAAAUUAAAUUGGCGACGAGCGCAGGGAAGAGGCAGCAAAUCUAAAGGUCAAUUCUACUGAUGGAAUAAGUGACUUUGCGCUUAAUUAGUGCACGCUUGGAGAUCGAGGCCGAUCGAAGCUUCUCAGCUGGGUGGCAAUGUUAGCGAAGAGUUGUUUAUUCUGUCGUUAAUUCAGGAAACCUCGAAAGGAUGUCGAUGUUAGCAGAGGGUUUUUAUCAGUGAAAAAUUGUCAGAAUGAAAUCAUAGUGGAUGGAAAAAAAAGUGGUAAAACCGGAAAAAGAGAGUCAUCACUGGCGCUGAAGGAAGAAUAGUGAAGCCAUAAAGAAUUCGAAAUCAAGCGAGAAGCCGCGAUAGACAACACCGAUAUCGUAGUGUUUUAGUUGCGGUGGAUUAAUUUAUAAUUAUCGCUUAUACUGUUGGUGCGUUGUUUUCGUUCUUGUAGGAGUGAAAGGAAGUUAUUUUCUCGACCCAGUAGAAGACCAUAAAAAGAAGAAUGUCUACGCUGGACUGGGGAAGGUGAAAGAAGGAAACAAUUACUGCACUGCCGUGAUUACUUCUGCGUGCACCGAAGUAAACUAAUUACUACCAAAAAGGUGAACCACUGAUUGGACCAAUGAACUCUCGCUGUGUCCGAUGGUGAGACUUUCCUGAGAAGAAAAAUCAACGGAAGUAGAGCGACUUCAAACGGUUAUAAUGAUGGAUGUAUUAAUUCUGGGAUUUUUGGCCUGGUGCCAGGCGAUGCUGCUGUUCAACACAGUCUCCGGAAGUCAUCACAACACGUCGCACAUUAGAGACUGUUCCACCUUACAUCCAUCAUGCGUUCGUUGUAACGAACGUGGCUGCAUCAAGUGUUCCGAACUGCUCCGGAUAGACACCAGGGAGUGUCUCGACGAUUGCCCCAGCGGAUACAUUGCUCAAUGGUCAAGUACGUCGGAAUUUAUGGGCCGUGUUUGCUAUCCCGUGGGGUUCUCUGGUUCGUUUCUGGCGGCCGUCGUUGGCAUCGUUGCUGGAGCUGUGCUUUGUAUUGUCCUCAUCAUCGCUGCCAUGGCUGUCAUCCGGCGAAAGCAGAAGCGUAAAAAGUACCGAGAAACUUUCAUCGAUGAGAAUAUGGACAGGUUGGAGUUUCUGAGACAGCUAGACGAAUUACGCCCACAGGCCGAGUACUUUCUCCAGAUGUUGAACGAUACGAGGCGACAGAUCAGGAAGCUUCACCUGGCAGGCGAUAGCUCGGGAGCAGCAACAUAUCAUCCCGUAGUUCGUGACCUAGCGAAAAUUCUUAUCCUUCUCAACAAACCGGUCGAACUGAUCAGUUCUCCGCCGCACGACUGGCAGCGUCUGUACGUGUGGGCGGAGAGAGUUCUAGAUCGAUACAAACCCGAGCUUACCCAGUUGAUUGAGUUCCUCCAGCAGCCAUCGCUCCCAUCAUCCGCUUCCGAUCCGCGGCUUGGAACCAGUGAACACUCCACCUUCAAGUCGAAAUUCAGCUGUAGCUCGGCGCACGCAAACGAGAGUGACUCCUCGCCGAGUUUGAGUGCCAAAAAUCAACGCAACCUGCUCCAGCUGGACGCGAUCAGUGCCCAGCAACAGCAGCAGCAUCAGCACCAGCAACACAAUCAUUUCCUCGGCUCGCUUAUCAGCUUGCACGAGUUCGAUGAGCGUUCGUCAACGUCGCAUUUGGAUGCGGGCAACACGAACAAUCCAUUCGGCGACACCUUCGAUCACGUCCGAUCGUAUCUGUCAACAUCGGGUAUCAAUGAUAGUUCGCUGUGGUUGCAGGACGAGUUUUUCAAACUCGGCUUCCGACCGCAGGAUGAAAUCACCACCGAGCUGUAGGACAAACAUUCCACAUCCGUACCCGUACUCCUUACUGCAGGAAGUCAGAGGAUGUCUAGUACGAUGAAGAGAGGAAGCGAGUGAGCGCGAAAUCGAUACAAUCACGAAACUAGUCACAAAUAUUGCGUAAAUUUGUAAAAAGUUUUUUUUAUAACUUAAUUAAUCUGUCUAUUGUAUACAUUUCCGAUAAGAUAAUCUCUAGUAGAGAAACGGUUAGUUGUAUAAAUGUAGUUUUCCUAGAAAGCGAUGUAUUAGAAAUAGAAUUUCAAGAUUAUUGUUAUAUCCAAACUAUGACACUGUAUUAAGAAGCAAUAUUGAAACAUUGAUAGAGAAUGUCUUCCAGUAUACAACAGUAUGUUUUCAAUUUAAUCGGAGUCAAAUGUAGUUAGCAUCAAGCAGUGCAGUGAGAGGCUGCUGUUCCGAAUCCAGCGAAUCGCUUGAACUGGGAAAUAAAUUCACUUGAAUCACAUGUAAAUAAAA